AUGAGAAAACCAAAGAGGUUCUACAGCUUGAAUCGCCCUAAAGUACGUCAGUCAUGGAACAAGCACAAUCUCUACAACUUGGCCCGUAUGGUUGGCGACCAACCUCAAAUGAACGGAAUGAGGACUUUUUUCCAGCAGAAAUGGGACGCGAAAGCUCGAACUAGAGGAUACCACGGAGACCACAUUCCCGAGAAGAAAUGGAUACGACUCUUUGACCGCCGCCUCCGGUCCGCUGUGGAUAUGCCACCGAAGUAUCUUGCCUUAAACGACGGUUCAGAACAAGCUGCUGGUCGUGGUUCUGGUUUGACAACCAACCAAGUGUCUGCCGAGAAUUUCUGGGCUACAGCUGAGGUUAGCACAACCUUUCCCGACAGAGUCAAUCAUCCCCGCAUGAGAUCCGCCUCGCGAUUAUCGAAGAACAGCCUUCUCGCCCAACCACUCAGUAAUAUGACUCCUUAUAUGCAAAUGACGUUUGCUCCGCUGGAGAGAAGACUUGAUACCGCCAUCUUCCGAGCUCUGUUCGCCAGCAGUGUCAGGCAAGCGCGGCAAUUUGUUAUUCAUGGUGCGGUUAAAGUCAACGGAAAGAAGAUGGUGCAUCCUUCAUAUCAACUCAACCCAGGUGAUAUGUUUCAGGUCGACGUUGAGAAGGUUCUGUAUGGCACUGGCCAGCAAAAGAUACCACAAGAGUCUGUUCGCUUCAAAAGCCGACUCGAGAAAGCAGAAGAGCGAGAGGAAAAGGCUCAGGCUCAGCUGAUCAAGGAGAACUCUGGAGAGGUUGAAUCCGAAUCGGCUGAGGGAAGCUCAGAGUCCCCCGAAGGUGCUAAGCCGGCGGCUCUGUCGGAAGAGGAUCAGUUGGUUUUGAGGGAACAACUUUUGGAGUCUCUUCUCGUUGAUGUGAAGAUGGUUCUCAGAGACAAGACUCGAAUGAAACUUUCAGCAAAGGACAAGUCUAGGCUUCGGGUUUUCCGCAAAUCUGCUGCCAAGUUCUUGUCUCGUCCCGAGGGUUCAGAAAUCGAUGCCGACGAGCUUAUUGAGGAGCUUCAGUCGCAGAUGAAGUCACUUAAUAUGUACUCGCAUGGCAAAGAGAGGGGCGAGGCAAGUGAGGAUGCCGACCAAGUCCGGGAGCCCAAUGAGCAACAAAAACAAAGAAUCAACCGCGCCCUAGACAUUGAGGGGCUUGACGACAAGCAAAAGGAAACGGCCAUCAAAAUUAUUGGCUACGACCAUUUGAAGAAGAGCGAACUGCGCAACUUAGCCGACCUGCUCAAACAAGAAGCCGAGAACCCAAUCGACGAGUCUAAGCCAUACGCAACCCCCUGGCGGCCUCGCCCUUUCAUGUCAGCGUUUGCAUUCAUUCCCCGCUAUCUGGAGGUCAACCCCAACAUUUGCGCGGCUGUCUACCUCCGCCAUCCUGUUGCAAGGAAGGGUCUUGGUGAGGUUCCCACACCGUUCCCAUAUUUCACGAGCCAGCUUGCUCACAAUUGGUAUCUGGGUCGUGGGUGA